AUGGGAAAAAUCUUAUACACAUUUGUAGAUUCAUUAGGAAAUGAUGAGUCACAACGAUUCUAUGCAACGAAAGCAAAAUAUUAUAUUGCAGAAGCACAACGAUUAUUUAAAGAUCGACAACAACCACAUCUUCAAUCGUUUUAUUCAAAAAGUGCAGAAAUAUUUCCUAGACUUUGUGUUAAUAUGCAGCGUCUUUUAGACGCAAUGCUUGUUUUAUUCGAAAUGAGAAAAAAUGAAGAUUUACAAUUUACACAAGUUGUUGAUCAAACAUUUGUUACAAAAGCAAAAUUUUACAUUGAGAAACAUUUGAUCUUUAACAAACAUGCUAAUGGUGAUAUUGUUAGUUAUGUUUCGUUAGAAACAUGUCAUAUUACUGCAAAUUUAUUCGACAAUUACUUGUUUAAGAGCACGUUAAAUUUGUUCAAUUUAGAACAUUCAGUAAAUCAACCAAGUAUGCCAUCUACUCAAUUUCGUACAUUAGUUGCAGAAAAACCAUCAACAGAAAAAAGAAUAUUACAAUUACCAUAUCAGUUUUUUCUUCGUUCUGAUUUAAAACAACCAACAACGAAUGAAAAUGGUAAACGAAUUAAUGCUCCUUUUCAUCAUGUAGACAACAAUUUAUUAAACAAUAUAAUGAAUAAAUUAGUUGAUCAAAAACUACUAAGCAUCGGAUAUUACAUUUCUCGUCCAAGAGCACAACAAACUCAAUCAUUUAUAAAAAAUCCAAUACAUAUUGAACCAUCAGAAAAAGAACAAUUUCUUCAACACUUGGAAGAGUAUAAGAUUAAUGCAGAUGAAUAUCAAAAUUUACUCAGUCGUUCAAAUCUCCCUAAUAAUUGUACUCUUCUUCAAGAAGCUAAACAAUUGUUAACCACCAGAGUUGAACAUCGUGAUGAUUGUACGAAAUAUGGUCUGAUAUCAAUAGUGAAUGUCAACAAUGAACAUGCAUCUGAUGGUACAAUUGCAUUAAACUUUGGAAAUAUUGCUAAUACAACUGAUCGAAGUUUAUUUGUUGAAAUGCCUGCUGUGGUAACAACAAACAACAAAUCUCAUGAAACAGAUCAGCUAGUUGAUAUAAAUAACACAGACAAUGUCUUGCUGAAUAAGAAUGAUGAAGUAGUGACACAUUGUGAUCAUAAUCGUGAAGGAGUAGAUUGUCAACCAAUACAGUCAAUCAAUCAAAUUGAAUCAGAAACAGCUGGAACAACACCAUCAAAUAAUCACCCACCGGAUGUAAAAGCUUGUGUUAGAGCCAUUUUGCAAUAUCCAUCAAUAAUUUUAUCUUCAUCUGAUAUUGCUCUUGCAACUCGGCAUUACUCUGCCGUAGCUCGUCAACGUAGUAUUCAAUUAAUGAUUAAUAAAAAGCUUUUGCAUGAGGAUUAUUAUUUCGUUCGGAAGUUGUCGAAAUCGGUGAAGGUAAUGAAAGGUUUUGCUAAACGAGUACCACAAGUAAAUGAUGAACAAUCACGUUUUGAUUUCAUUACUGCUUUAAAUGACUUUGGAAUUACGUGGGAAUUAUUUAAAUCUUUUUUUGAUCUUACGAAAGAUGGCUUUCAUACAACAACACAACUACUUUUGAAUCAAACAGCUGAAGUUUUGCUGGAUUCAGAAGAUUAUCGCUCUUACGUCAAUUAUGAUAAACGUGCAAUAUUUCGUCCGAUUGAAAAUGCAACAAUAGAACAGGAUGAAUUGGAAUAUGGAGAUAAUGUUACAGAAAUCAAUUCGAAUGGUCUUUGCGAAAAGCAUCUCGAAAUAGUUGCUAAUCGUGGUAUUCAUGUUAUGGAAUUUGAUGCAUCGGAUGAUGUAACAGAUGAAACAUGUAACGUUAAACGUAAUGAAUUAUCUGACGAUCAAACUCGAUCGACAACUUAUGGGUUUUUGGUUUCCUUUUACUCGUGUGGAAUCGUGGCUGGUUUUGAUGAAUCAAUACGAUCUGAGUCACCACGUCGUGUUUUAAGACAUUUAAUUCGAAUUGGUAAACCAUAUAUUUUCUUGCCUCAUAAAUCCUUUUUUUUUUAG